AUGACCACAACCGUAUGCCCAAUUGAGGCUCUACCCAACGAGGUGUUGGCUGCAUCGUUGGCAUGCCUCUCGACAAGGGAGCUCAUUCAAGUCGUCCCGGUCAGCCGCUGCUUCUACACACUCGCCACCCGGAUUCUCUAUCGCCGCUUGAUCGACGUAUCGCCUCUCCCAGACAAUCGACUGAUUCUCGAUUGCUACCACCCCAGCGAAAGAUUAACGACGCCGCCAUUGUCAUGCAGGUAUCUUGGUCUCAAGCGAGUGGGCGAGCAACCCAUCACAGACGAAUCCCUCAAGUUUAGUGACCUCGGCAAAUUAUACUCGUCUUAUCGUCCAGUCAUGAAGGAAGAAAGUCGCGAUAGACGGAGAGCUUCCCGACGUACGGGGAGCAAGGCUUUGCAGGGUGACGAGACUGCCACCCAGGACGUCUACCUUGACCACGAUUUGCUGUUUUCACAACUGUGCGCCGUCACGUACGUGGUGAAGGAGGCCUCAAGGCCAGGAUUCUACAUCAGCCAGGUGAAUACGUGUGACGGCGUUAUUCGCGUAUGGCGACCAUGGCUGGCAGAAAAGGCGAAUCUGAAUGGUGCCGCUGAGGGCUUACACUCCAAGAUUGUCGAUUUUGACAAGUUUCUAUGGGUUGAUGUCGGCAAGAACGUUGGCCUUAGAUUUCGAGUCGUGCUUGGACCAGCCGAGCGGCUGCCGUUGCUCAGUGGCCCGGGCGACGAUUCACCGGUAUCCUAUACCUUGAUCUACGAAGAAUUGGUUGUGCGAACGACCACGCUGCUCAUGGCUGUGGAGGCGUCGACUGUGCAAGAGGCUUCCCCCUCAUCUAAAGCUAUCAUAAUUUCACAGAUUUAG